AUGUCUCGACUGUUCAUUCUACUGAUCCUUCUACUUCUCUUGAGUUGCUGCGAUGCCUACAAAAUUCUUGUGGCCGUGCCGAAGUUCGGCUUCAGUCACAUGAACUUCAUGGGUCAGAUGGCGGAUGUACUCGUCGAAGCAGGUCAUGACGUCGUUCGUUUUCAGAUUAGAUUUUCAAUAAAAUAUAACACUUAUUAGACGAUGCUUUUUGCCGGUGGUGCUCCCCGAACUCCGCGGCAACGGGACUAAAAAGGCUCGCGUCAUCCUCACCGAAACAGGUGCUGUGAACUAUUCAAUCACACCUUGUUGAGUCUUCGAGUUUCAGCCGAAGGAGUCGCCGAUCUGAUGGCUGCAGCUCAGAAAGAUGGCGCCGUCGCCAAAAUUUGGUCGCACUCUGCCAACUCAGUUGCCGGAAUCCACUGGGUAGGAGAUUUCUGAUAGAACAUUCUGAGAAAAGUGUUUCAGUCGACGAACAUGCUCAGUCGCGUCUCCUACUUGAACGCAAAAAGUUCAUUCUGAAAUAUACGUAUAAACCGGAGAGUUUUCAGAAAUUCUGAAAGACCAAAAGCUUAUCGAAUCUUUGAAAGCUGAAAAGUUCGACAUCGGCAUCACUGAGCUGUUCGAUUUCAGCUGCUUAGGUUUUCGGAGAUACUUCGGUUUUUGAAAUGAAGGUUUUCCAGCGCUUUUCCACGUGAUCGGACUCGACAACGUGGUUGGAGCACACACGACGAGUGUUUUCGAAGGAACGCUGCUCAGCGCCGGCGCGCCUGUUCUUCCAUCUUUUGUCCCAGGCAAAAUUUUUGUCUUCCGCUUGUUCCCAGAAAUCUUGUUUUCGCAAUUGAAAAAAAAGAGAGCCUUAUGAAAAAAAAACUUAUCAAGGGGAUGGUUUCCAGCAAAAACGCAGUUGAUCUAAUUUUACGUCUCAAAUCUAAUGCAUAAAAGGCGCCAGGACGAUAGUUUUUUGAUCAAAUCCCAAUUUUCAACUCUUCAUGAAAGAAUAUAAUGAUGAAAAAGAGUUCAAAAUUCAGUUAUUUGCCUCUCUCAAAGUACUAAAAGUAUUUGAAUUGGGCUUAACAGCUGGAAAACUUGAUUAAACUGACGUCUUCUUAGGCUCGCAGACGUACACCGAUGACAGCACCUCGUUGAAGAGCAGGCUCAUCAACAUGUUCAUGACCUACCAAUCGUACAAAUUCCAUGAACAACUUCUGACCGACACUCAAAAAGCCAUUGACGAAGUCUACGGAAAGAAGUCCUUCGAUUUGUGGGUUCGUACCUUCUUCUGAGAUUCAAGGUUCCGCAAUUUUCUUUUGAAGGAGAGAGUUCGGGACAUAACUUGGUUCUUGGUGAACUCAGACCCGCUCUUCGAUUUUCCGAAGCCGUUGCCAGUCAACAUCAUCGAAAUCGCAGGAAUCAGUGUCACGGCGCCGAAGCCAGUCGACGAGGUUUCCAUUGAACUAGGCCUUUUUGGAACAAGUUGUCAGAAAUGGGGCGAGAUUCUCAACCGACGCAAGAAAAACGUGCUCGUUUCGUUCGGAAGUCUCGCGUCAACCUUGACAAUGCCACCAGCCAUGAAAAACGCCAUCACCAGAGCUUUGGCUUCGUGAGUUUUUUACAAAGUACCUACUUCAUUACCAUUCAAGUAAAUAAUGAGCGCAAAUGAGAAAAAAAAACUGAUUCUUAUUGGAAACCGCUUUCAGGUUCAAAGACACCACCUUCAUUUGGAAGAACGACGACGCUAACGAGAAACUCGCCGAAGACGUCGAGAACAUCGUCGUCACCCAGUGGAUGCCUCAAAACGAUCUUUUAGGUUUCUCUCUUUCUUCACUCUCAGACCAUUCAUACUUGCAGGCGACAAGAGAAUCACCAUGUUUCUGACGCAUGGAGGUGCAGGAAGUCUUCUUGAAAGCGCUCUGAAAGGAGUUCCUCUCAUGGUCGUGCCCUGUUUCGGAGAUCAGAUGAGGAACGCCCAGAUCGCCAAGCGACAUGGAAUGGGUUUGUACUUUUAUAUUCUCUCAUACAUUGUGAGGAGCUUGUAGCCGUGGUGUACGACAAAUUGGAUCUGGUUGACGAAAAGAAGUUGACGGCGGCUCUUUCUGAAGUUCUUUACAACAAUAAGUGAGUUCUCACCAAAGUCAUGUCUUCACAGCUCUGGUAGGUACAAGAAGGCGGCCGAGCUGACGUCGCAGAUUCUGAAGAGCCAUCCGAUGGGACCGCGCGAGAAGCUGGUCCACACAGUGGAAAUGGCGGGACGAUUUGGCAAGAUGCCUCGUUGGCAGAGUUCCAGCAGAAACCUCAACCUCCUCCAGUACUUUUGCCUCGACGUCUUCAUCUACGGCUUCCUGGCACUUGGUGGAAUCGCAUUUUUCUUUUUCUGGGGCUUGAGACGAUAUUUCUUCGAACAACCGUUUAAAAGCAAGAGUGAAUAA